UGGCCGGUUCGGGCGGAAGUCGGGAGGGUCGGUGGUCCGAAGAAGCUGGCUUGUGACAGGGCGGGGUAGAAGGAAGGCCUACAUAAAGGUUGCCUCUCCAUCCCUUCGCUCCCGGGGACCCUCGGAAAAAACCCAACACCCCGGUCCCGCGGCUAGCCCCUUCCCCCAGGCUCUCUCCGCUCGAUUUCGCCACCGUUAUGUGGGAAGCGAAUCCGCAGCCAAUCAACUUUAAAACAUGAAGGAAAAAUCCAGAAAAUAAUCGUAAAGCAUUCCUUGGAGAAGUUUCCAAACAUGAAUAAAAAUUAACAAGCCCCCUUCAUUGAGCUCAGGAGAUGUUUCACAAAGCAGAAGAAUUUUUACCCAGAACAGCAAAUAGUGAGAUGGAUGAGAUGGACACGUCAGACACCCAGUGGGGCUGGUUUUACUUGGCGGAGUGCGGGAAGUGGCACAUGUUUCAGCCGGACACCAACAUUCAGUGUACAGUUAGCAGUGAAGAUAUCGAAAAAAGCUUCAAAACAAACCCUUGUGGCGCCAUUUCUUUUACUACUUCCAAAUUCAGCUACAAGAUAGACUUUGCAGAAAUGAAGCAAAUGAAUCUCAUCACUGGAAAACAGCGCUUAAUAAAAAGAGCCCCCUUUUCUAUCAGUGCUUUCAGUUAUAUCUGUGAAAACGAGGCUAUCCCCAUGCCCCCGCACUGGGAGAACGUGAACACUGACGUGCCCUAUCAGCUUAUUCCUUUGCACAAUCAAACACAUGAGUAUAAUGAAGUUGCUAGUCUCUUUGGGAAAACAAUGGAUCGCCACAGAAUUAAAAGAAUUCAGAGAAUUCAAAAUCUGGACUUGUGGGAGUUCUUCUGCAGGAAAAAGGCUCAGCUCAAGAAAAAACGAGGCGUGCCUCAGAUUAAUGAACAGAUGCUCUUUCAUGGUACCAGCAGUGAAUUUGUGGAAGCAAUUUGCAUUCAUAACUUCGAUUGGAGAAUAAAUGGUAUACAUGGUGCUGUCUUUGGGAAAGGAACCUAUUUUGCUAGAGAUGCUGCUUACUCCAGUCGCUUCUGCAAAGAUGACAUAAAGCACGGAAACACAUUCCAAAUUCAUGGCGUCAGCCUGCAACAGCGGCAUCUGUUCAGAACGUAUAAAUCUAUGUUUCUUGCUCGAGUGCUAAUUGGGGAUUACAUAAACGGAGACUCCAAAUACAUGCGGCCUCCUUCCAAAGACGGGAGCUAUGUGAAUUUAUACGACAGCUGUGUGGAUGAUACCUGGAACCCAAAGAUCUUUGUGGUGUUUGACGCCAACCAGAUCUACCCUGAGUACUUGAUAGAUUUUUAUUGAUUUCACUUCCAAAUCUCAGUGGUCAAGGAAGUUCUAGUCUGUUUUGCAGGAAGAUUUGCUCUCCUGUCAUCUAGCCACUAAGUGUUCACUAUCUGAUACUUUUGAAACAGAUAUGGAAAAAAGUGGCGUCCAUAUAAAAAGGCAUACUGACUUGAAGGUUGGUUUUUUUGUUGUUCUGUUUUUGUCCGUUGCUCGUAGUCUUGUCUGUUAAAGAUUGAUAACCAUUGCCAUUUUAACACAGAGGUGAAAGAUAGCACUCAAAACUGAAUCAGCUGGGUCUCAAUUAACAUAAUCAUUCAGAGUCUGUAAAGUUUACAUAUGUGUUCUAUUUAUUCAUAUAUAUGUUGAGAAAAUAAAAAAAAAAAAACAGACAUAACUGUGUCCCUUCAGAAGAAUUGAUCCUUUGUAAGUUGAAUUCUGAGAGUAUUGUCCACCAAUCAGUAUGUUGCCUUUGUUGGUCUUCUGAAGUGGGAAUUUUAUUUUUUUUUAAUGUUUAUUUAUUCUUUGAGAGAGAGAAAGGGGGAGAGAGAGAGAGAGAGAGAGAGAGAGAGAGGGCAUGAGCAGGGGAGGGGCAGAUAGAGGGAGACACAGAAUCUGAAGCAGGCUCCAGGCUCUGAGCUAUCAUCACAGAGCCCAACGCGGGGCUUGAACUCAUGAACCACAAGAUUAUGACCUGAGCCAAAGUCGGACACUUAACCGACUGAGCCACCCAGGCGCCCCCUGAAGUGGGAAUUUUAAACCCUGAAGCAGUCUGAGUACCUUGAGAGAACUCAGAAAUAAAGCCAUUAUUUACAGUGCUGCCAGACCAGCCAGAGGGAGAAAGUCAAGGUAGAGUGUCCUGCUUCUGAUUGCGUCUAGAGGGCAGGCUGCCGUCUCAUUCUCUUGUCCCCACGUUGACAACUGCAGAGGGCAGUUAGCCCACAAUUCAUCCACCGGGGCUCUUGAACUCUGGUUGUAGGACUUGCUGCACACAGUGUUCAUUGCACCUUCAAAGUGAAAUCCCUUUGUUUUGAGUAGCAAAAUGACAAUCUGCGAGCUCUUGAACAGUUCAAUACAAUUUAUAAUCAUGCCUAAUACAACUUUGUGUACCUGUUUCAUCUAUUUUGCUAUUAUUCUAUUCUGAAGAAGAAUAGGCAAUGUUGGAACAGCUUCCCGCCCCUAUAGAUAUUCUGGCAGAGACAACACCUUGGCAGAAAUGUCAUACCAGAGUUCAGGUAUCAGAUGGGGGAAUCGGCCAGAUGAUUGCUGUUUCCCAACCUUGAUUGUCCAUGGUUCUUCCUGAAAAAAAGAAUACACUUGUAUCAAGCCUGGCCAGAAAACCAUUUCCUAACUCAGUAUAAUAAUGAAUUCUCUUCCCAUUAUCCUCAUUCAGUUUUGGCCGAGAGGUUGUGAACAUAACUUAACUUCUCAGGAAAAAGCCAGUAAGUGCCCAGGCCUGUGUGCCUUGUUUCAAUCAUUUGAAUUGGGAAGAUAUCUAGAAAUAAUAAAAAUAAAGAGAAUGGAGCAAGAUUAGGCAUGGUAAUUCUUUAACUGACAUAAACCCCCAGAUUUAUUGUAGCCCAGAGGACAUGUAACUGGGCAAUUCAGAGUAAGUAGUACACAGGAAACUGUUACAUAUGACACUCUGAAACCAAGCAGCAACAAAGACUUCCUGACCCAGCUGCACACCCUAGCAGCCAGCUCCCAUGAAACGCUGUGAGUAUUUAGGAAGAGCCCAUUUUAGAAACACACAGAGGUUAUUAUGGAAAUAAUUGGAGGAAAAGUCCCUAGACAACCUUGUGAGAGGCUCUAGACUCAUUCACCAGAAAACAACUAGAGACACCAGGAAUUCCGAUUUUGAAAAUCUUUUUGUUCCAUGUAUUUGUUAUUUACACACACACAAAAUGCUAUGUGUGCAUUCACUUCAACAUGGAUGUCUUGUUUUCAGUUUAACACGAUUGCCCUUCCCAUCACUCGAAAGGAAUAAGUGUUGUAGCAUUUGGGGGUUCUUCUUGUGCAGACCUUAUCUGAAGGUGUGACCGAGAGCCCUAACUUGAGGUUUGCAAGGCAGACUGUCUGAACUCUGAACUUCCCUAGCUGGCUCACAUGUAGUAAGUAUCGCAACAUUGUAAGAGAGGAUUCUUUUCCUCUCGUCUGACAAUGUAGUCCAACUCUCCUUUUAUAAGAAAGAGCUGAUUUUGAUAAAUUUUUUCAGUGUGAUAGUGUAGCAUUAAUUGAUGUUAAAAUUCUGUUUUGGUCAAUAGAUUGAGUUGAGGAAUCGUAAUUAGUAUAUAAACAGACUGGACACAACCAUCUGCCACCUUUUCCUCUUGUCCUCACAUAGUAUGUGUGGAGAGAGUAAAGAGAACCUAUUCCAGAUUAAUGAAUAAAUGACUUUUAAAAGUCUAUGUUGAGUAAAUUCCAGCUGAUCGCGACUUUUCUUUUUCUCUUUGGUGACAUCAGUCUCAGGGUAAAAAAAAAUGUGUUUAUGAGAAACAGUUUCAAAAUCUUGUGGUUAUGAACAGGAAGGCUUUUUUUUUUUUAUUUAAUUAGUGCAACUUUCAUUUCUAGACUGUUACGGUGAUGAUAAAGCAUUUGGAGCCAUUUUUGAUAUGUGAAUGUAUUGUUUUUACAUGUGGUGAUUAAAGCUUUCCAUAGCAGGGCCCGGUUGUCUGUGUAUGCCAUAUAUUUGUUUCUAUGAUUUCUGCGUCUCAUCUCCACCUUGCAUUAUUUAAGCCUACAUUUGUAGCUCAAACUCAACCCUCAAGAAGUUUGUUACCUCUAACCCUUAUGUAACGCACUUACGGAUGGGACAAGUCUCUUGUUCUUGGUUUAAGUCAUCAUGAGCAAUAGCUAAUCAAAUAAUCUGGGAAAAUCAUUUACUCUGCUAUUGAAAAUUCCAAAAGCAGUCAAGGCCAAGUGCCUACAGACAGCGUCCUUUACUCUCAGGGUGCUCCCCUGCCUCAGAGGAGCCAUUCUGGAGGGUGAGUCUACAUUCACCUGAGGCACAUGCCUCCUGCAAUUCACCUAAUCUCCAACCACAGUAAGUUGUGAAGUGUGUGUGUGUCCACAGUAAGUUGUGAAGCAAGUUAGACAUUUCAUUUCAAGCUUAUGUUGGCAAAAAGAAAAAAAAAGAAAAGAAAAAAAGAAAAGAAAAGGAGAAAAAAGGAAAAGAAAAAGGAAAAAGGGGGGAGCUAUCCAAAGCUGCCUUAAUAUUAGAGGAAUGAUCAAGGCUACUUGUGCAAACAAAUCAGGUUUUCUGUUCACUAAAAUCAUGUCGCAGUCUGUGUAAAUGUUGGCCUACUGUCAAGGCUCAGUGUGAUAAAAAUGCAACUUCGAUGAUGUAGAAAUGUGACAUCUUUCCAAGUUUUGUUCCUAGGCCAUCCGGGAUGUGGGGUCGCCUCCCAGGUCACCAGGAGUAGCACUGGGAACGGUCUGUCAGCGGCCCUGGUUACACAGUAGCCUCACGCUGUCCGUUCUCCUUGGAGAAGGAUAUUCUGUUUGCUUUUAGAUAAACGAAUUUUGUUUAAAACCAAGAGUCUAUUUCUAGAUGAAAUUACACAUUCUGUACUUGUAAAGAGGAAAAAUAAAAGGGAAUGGAAAAUAGCCAGGAAAGGAAAAGCAAACAAAGCCUUGUCAAAUAUUAGUUUUCAUUAGGAACUUGAGCAAAAGGAUUGUACUUAUUUUUACCCCUUUGCACUAUAUGCAGGAAGAGGUUUGGUGAAACGAGCCGCCCUGCCUCGUUUCCUAGGAAUAAUUUUACAACAUCGCUUGGGGCAGCACUGGUGGAAGAAAUCAACAUUUCCAAGAAGCAUGAAGAGCACCAUUAUUUGGGGGCUGCCUGGGUUUUGUGAGUAAUACGUGCAGAAGUGAGCCCUACAUAUCCAGGAAGAUGUUCUGAGUUCAUCCAUUCAGCUUUACUUUUUUGCAGACUGGCUCACUUCUCCCAUUCCAGAGACUGCAGGCUAGAAGGUGGCAGAGAGCAUUUGCAGUCUCUUUCCUCUGCCCGCUUCCCAGGCUGAACCGCGCCUCGCGCCUGACCCAUCCCAGGUAAAAAGGUGUCUUGGUUAUUCCGAACCCUGAGACAGUAAAUUCCCUGCUGUUACGGAAUUAAGUCUCCUGCUGUAAAAUUAUGUAAUCCAUUUUCUCAGCUCUAAUUGCUUGGCUUUCAUUCUUCAGCACUGCAGGCUGAGAACUUGGCUUUUAUUUGAACUUUCUCACUGUGUGGCGAUGUAGCUACGAAUUUAACAUUGAUCUUACUCAUUUUCAAGUGGCUUCUCAUGAGAUUGGAACAUAGAACAAUGCCAGGGACACUUAUGUUUCCUGCAGCUUUUUAGCCUUGCUGUAUCCUCUACCAAGAGGUUAUACAGUAAACUGAUUCUGACCGACUCCGGCUUAUGCUGACUCCACUGUGGACAAGCCAGUUUAGGAGAAUCACAAUCGAGGAUUUCAUUCAAAUCAGUUUUGCAAUAUUAAUUCUAAGUCCAGAUUGUAAUUCUUGUGUUUCCGUGUUCCUUUUUAAAAAAAUACCUUUUCCUGAAGGGCUCAUUUUGCUUUAAUGUCUCCUGGAUAGCAGGUGGAAGCUGCAGGCAUUACAAGUUCACCUUUGAUUAACACUCUUAGAGAAUCAGUGUUCAAGCCCAGCUCCUCCUCUUUAUUCCUUUAAGAAGGAGAUCAAGCACCAUCUUGGGAGUUGCUGAUCCAAGUUUUAUUUCUAGCUUUGAUGUUUCACUCAGCGUGACCUUGGAUAAAUCAGCAGAGGGGAAGGUUCACUUUUCAGAAGGUGAAGUUUCUGAAAGACUCUUGUUAAAAGUAAAAGGGCCUGACAGAGCGUGGCUAGAUUUCUCUAGGCAGCAUCUGACCUGACUGAAGAUGGUUUUUGAGUUUGGGUCAAGAAAGUCCAGCAGUGGGGAUCGCGAUGCAUUAUGAAGCAAGAGUACAGAAUAGGAAGGGAAGUUUCUCCCUGACCCUCUACUGCCAGUCAGCCCCUCCUCGACUCAGAGGUCCUGCGGUGUGCCAGGCGGUUGACAAGUUGUGCACCGCCUCUGCUCUGGGGGAACUCCACGCCUAGCGGGGGGGCAUACGCUGAACUGUAACAAGAGCGAUGGGCUUAACUGAAGGGGAGCUUCAGGCCACUGUGAAAGCCUGCCACAAAGGGACCUAACCUCUCCUAGAGAAUUAGAGAAGGCUUCCCUAAGAAGUGACAUUUGAAUGUGGAGACCUGAGAGAUGAGUGGGUGUUAAUUAGGUGAAGGAUUGAUUUUAGUCCCUCCGGCAACACCCAGUGGUGGGUGCCACAUCAGGCUUUCGGGAGAUGAGAAGAGCAAGGUAUGGGUAGAAGGCAGGUUGUAGCGUUUUUAUCAUUAACAUUAAGGUGACAGAAUCAAAGCCACUUUAAGAGCCAGAAUUAUUGCCCAGCUGCAGCUGGCCCUGGGGAUAGCCUCAGGGGAAUCAGAACCCCCACUGAGGGUCCGUGGAGACAAGAGCAGGGAUGGUGUAGAUCUUUAUAUAACAUGCUAGCACAGUCAAGAUGCUUAUUAGGUAGGCUUGCUUAUUCUUGCCCCCAUGCCUUUGCUCAUGCUUUGCUGCUUCCCCCCCAGAACCCACACUUGCAUACCUCCCUUCUCCCUCCAGAGUCCCAUGUCUCUGACGCAUGGGCCCUGGAGUCAGGUGACCAGGUUGAACACUGGCUCCACCACUUACCAGCUCUCUGACCCUGGAGAGGUUUCUCAAUCUCUCUGUGUUUCAGUUUCCUCAUCUAUAAAUUGAGAUAACAGUAAUGCCUACCUUAUGUGAUGAUGAUGAUAAUAAUAACAAUAAUAAUAAUGCCUGUGGAAUGCUUUGAUAAUGCCUGGCAGCUUCAGCAAAUGUUUGUGGGUAUUGGUCUAUAAGACCCUUCCUCUUUUAGGAAGUGUUCUGUAGCUAAUUCAACCCUCCCAGAUCUGGGAUUCUUACAGGUUUCAUAUUACACUUGGAGUUACGGGCAUACUUUUUCUUUCUUUCUUGGCAUUUACUUGGUCAAUGGCCUUCACCCAAAGACCACCAGAAGCAGUCCUGUAGUUAAACAAGUUGGGUUGUAGUGAAGGGGAACAUAGACCAUGAGGAAACAUGGAGUGUCCCAGUGAGAGGGUGUUAGAACUUAUAGGAUUUGAACUUUGGUUAGUUAAUUUGGGGAAGCAUCUAAGGAAGUGGGGUUUUGCCCUAGAUUGGACCCUGUCAGACAGCAGGGUGAAUCUUUGAUUGGGUAUCUCACUAAACCAUACGUGUCUGGCUGGGUAGACUAGGCAGGGAAUAAGCUAUAAUCUGUAAAGCAGUAGCAAUUUCUCAUUUUGGCUGAAAGACAGGAUGUUUGGUAUUCUGCAGGUGGCACAGUGACCUAAUUUUUGUGUGUGCUUGGACUGAAUUAUGAAGUAGCCUUGCUUUGUCUCAUUUUGUCAUCAACUCCAAUAACCUUGUCUGGGGUUUGAAUUCUGGAAGAUAGUUUAGGCUGUAAAGGAAAAUAACAUGACUUAGCACGAGUACCAGGCCAGUUUCCAAAUGUCAGCGGCUGAUCUUUUUUUUCCUUCUCAACUUGUUAAAUAACUGUUUUGUUUGGGUUAGUUUUAUUCCUUCGGGGGAAGUUAUAUAUUCAUUCAUUCAACAAGCAUAGGGCACCAUGGUAAAAACCCUGCUUUCAAGGAGCUCCAAGUCUACAUGAGAGAAGAUUUAAAGACUGUCUGCUUCAGUCAGUCAUUUGGAUGGUUUUGAUGGUAUAAACGCCUCCUUCAGCUUUCCUAUUAAAGUUCUCCGGCCUUUGUCUGGAUACAGUACCAGUAAGCACCCGCUCCCAUGAGACAAUAUUAAAAGUUUAAGGCCAAGCGUGAGAAAAUCUUAUCUUGACCUGUAACCCCCUCCCUGUGUCUUCCACCACUUGGAUCCACGUCUCCCAUUAAAGGCACACAGAACAAGUUUUCUGCAUGUUCCCUGUAGCCCAUCUACAGAGUCAACAACACAUGAGGGGUGUAAGCAAACUCUGGAUUCUUAAUCUCAGUGCUGUACUGAAAGACUACUCAUAUUUUUCUCAAAAGAAUAUUCUCAUUCAACAAAUAAUUUAAUGCGGUUGUGUUUUCUGAAUGGCUUUGCUAUUAACAUAGGCCUGUACUGCGUGGCUGGAGAACAGAGACUAUGUCACUGGGGGUUCCUAGGCAGGUGGAUGACAUUGCGAUGAGAGCUACAUACACUAGAUGGCAGCACCUUCCUUCAGAACUGGCAGCAAGAUCUGGGCACCUUCCUAUCCCUGUGUAUUACAGAGCAGGGUGAAGAGACCCUCCAGAAACCAUCUCUUCCUUUCCUCUGCCACCAGGUGGGACAGCCCCUUCUCAGGUCCACCUGGUUAUGCCUUUGUCCCAUUUGUAGAAAUUGCUAGGAAAAGGGGGGCCCUUUCUCAAUAGUGACCUCUUCUAAUAUUUUAGAGUCUUGCCUAUUUGAAAGUUCUUCCAACCCUUCACAUGCUAUCAUUUCAUCUUAUUUUAUUUCCUUUUUUCAUAUGAAAUUUUAUAUAGUCCAGAAAAUAAUUAUUGGGUACUUUCUGAGUCCAUAAACACAAAGAUAGUUACUCUUCAAACCUUACCUCUUUAGGCAUAAAAUGAAAUGAAAUGAAAUGAUAAAAUUAAAAUAAAAUGAAAUAAUAAAAUAAAGUCUCUUGUUCUCUAACUUCUUUCUGGCCUCACCCUACAGCUCUUUAUGUACCUGUGGUUCUAUCUCCUGGGUAUAUAUGCUCUAUAUCAUUUGCAAGUUAUGGAGCCCCAAAGUUUCACCAUCCUCCUUCAAACAGACAAGAUACUGUUUCUUACAAUUGUAAAGCUAACUCCUCAGAAAGCAAUACGUAUAUUCUUUACUCUUCAUGUGUGCCAGAAAAGAGAGGCCAUAAACUUGGCUUAAAAUUGGAAUCUAUGACACACCAAUACACAUUUCCGAAAUACCUCUCUCAAACUCUGAUGAGUUGAACUUGGUGCGCUACAAUUUUUUUAAAGGUAUAAUUGCAUACAAUUCAAGUGUGCUUGGGCGGGUGGGGGGGUCAGGUAAUAAUAAUUCACCACUGUGGAGGACAGAACAAAGGGAUUCCCUGAGGUCAUGUUUCAGUGCCUGAGCCGGCAUAGACCCCAAUCACAGGCAUUGUGCUUACCAGUCCAGGGAUCCUUUAGCAUAACUUUGUUUAAUGAGACUAUAUUUGCCUGAUCUUAGCACAGACUGAUCACCUUAAAAAAAAAAAAAAAAAAAAAAAAAAAGGUCUAUUUUAAGAUGAACAUUUUGAAAAUAUAUGUCAUAUGUUUAGCAUUUUGUAUUUGGAAAACAAUGUGCUAUAAUGAAAAAAACACAGGUUUUAGAGUCAGACCAUCCUAUGUUAGAGACCCAGCUUUGCUACUUUAUAGCCAUUGUAGCCUUGGAGAAGUUGCUGGUCUCCUCUGAGCAACUGUCUCAGAGUUACUGAGUUACUCAGAGUUGCUGUUUCCUUGUCUUUCCUCUUUGUCUUUCUGUGAUGUUGGGAGAAUUACCUGAGACUGUGUGAGUAUGAAAAGCACUUAGCACUGGCAUGUGCUAGUUGCUCAACAGUGAGAUACAAUUUUAUUACAAGUUGAGUUGUUCCAAGAAGAGGGUAUCUGUAAGGCAAUGGUGGAAGGGCCAGAAGGUGUGGGAGAAGUCAUUCUGUAGUGCUGCAGAGCUCAACACAGUCCUUCACCUCUCAAAAGCGUAAGAAACAUGGAAUGCAGGAAAGAAAAGGCAAGGCACAGAAAGUCCAAGCGAUGUAAAUAAGAAGAUAUCUAUGAUUUAGAUUCCUUCCCCUGCUUCUGUCCCCUGGCUUCCAGACAGAUCUGUGUCUUGUCCAUUCCAGACAGCUCUAGUGGGCUGGGAACAAAGCAACAUUGUGGGUAAGGAUAGUAGGACUUUGGAUAUCCCUGCCAGCCUGAGAACCUGCUGUUGAGAAUGCUUCAUACCCAACAAUAGCAACAAUAGAACCUAAUGCUUUGGCUUCAUUCUAGAUUAUCAUAGACUGCAGUUAAGUAACCUACCAUCAUUGACUUGAAUCCAGUCUUGGCUCUUCCAUCAACUUGGCUAGUCACUUCCUCCUCCUAGGCCUCGGUCCCACAUCUAUAAAAUGAGGAAGUGGUCUGAAGGCCCCUUCUAGCUCCUGUCUUCUGUGAUACACAGCUUUUACUCUCUCAAAGCUGCCAACAACAAAAACAUCAAUUCUGCAAAGCAAUUUAUGUUCACUGUUCUCCCACUUGGAGUCAGAAUUGGACCAGAAAAUGGAAGGUAGAAAGAAAACUAAGCAAUAAGCAAAAUAUACUAAAAUAAAGGUAAAGUAGCAAAGACUGAGGGUACUUUAAUUUUUUAAUAUAUUUAUUUAUUUAGAGAAAGAGAAUGCACAAGUGGGGAAGGGGAGAGAGAGGGAAAGAGAGAAUCCCAAGCAGGCUCCACACUGUCAGUGUAGAGCCCAAUGUGGGGCCCAAUUUCCAGAACCAUGAGCUCCCGACCUGAGCCAAAAUCAAGAGUCAGAUGCUUAACUGACUGAGCCACCCAGGUGCCCCUGUAGCAUAGCCAGAGGUGUUUUACAGAAAGUUGACCCUCUUGCCAGGUGACCUUGGAGAGUCCAUUGUAUUCUAAUAAGAGGAAUGAUACCACGGGAGGCCAUGAGAUCUAGUUUAUUUCAGCUGUUCCCCCUGCUGUCACACAGGUUAGAUGACAUUCACAGGCAUGAAACACCCUCACAGGUAAUCUAGAUUUUGAAGAAUGCCCCCAUGUGUCUGGGGGCAAUGAGGCAUAAGUUGUAACUACACAACUCUGGGUGCUAAAUGGUUACCAACAGCAGCUAGCUGAACUUCAUGUCUUCACCUCCUCUGUGGGAAAGCACAUUGCAAAGGGAUGGGAUGAGAAUGAUCUUGAAUAAACUCUAAGGACAUAGCCAAAAUGAUACCAUUCAAAAAUAAAGGCUCUGUUUUAGUAAUACAAUUCACUUGUUACAAACCUCACAAUGGGCUUGGGAUCUUUGCUGUUGAAAUCUAUUCAUCUAGGGGGAGAAUUCAUAACCAAACAACAGGUAUGUGAACUAUUCAGCAUGUACCUCCACAGGUACAAUGUUCAUUUACCUGCCGGUGGUGCGGUAUAUACUCUGGAACCCAGGGAAGGUAAAAUCUAUAUACAGUUUGGGCUAAUAGGACAGUCAAAAGGCUUCAAAAAUGUAUGACCUACACUCAGUGUAUGCCUGGGUGGUGGGUAUUGCAAUAACAUUUGGCAAAUUUGAAUGCAGUAUUUUGGGUGGAAAUAAUGAAACCAAAUGAACCUACUCAUAAUCCUUUAGUUACAUCUCAUUACCAAAACUGGUUCUUAGUUUUGGUAAUAUGUGGUUUCAGUUAAUAAAACUACCAAAUGAAUUCUAUAAAUUAGAAAAUGCUAAUUGUUGCUUUAGUCAUUCCACAUUUAUUGACCAUCUACUGUGUGCCAUUUGAUAGCCAUCCACAUACCAGGUCCUUUACUAGGACUGACUUCAAAGAUGAGCAAUGUAGAGGCACCUGGGUGGCUUAGUCGGUUAAGUGUCCAACUUCAGCUCAGGUCAUCGUCUCACAGUUCGUGAGUUUGAGCCCGUGUCAGUCUCUGUGCUGACAGCUCAGAGCCUGGAGCCUACUUCAGAUUCUGUGUCUCUCUCUCUCUCUGCCCCUCCCCUGCUGAUGCUCUGUCUCUUUCUCAAAAAUAAAUAAACAUUAAAAAAACAAAGAUGAACAAUGUACUUGCUUUCCAAGGGCUCUUGGCCUAGUGAGGAGACAAAUAUGUAAACAAAUAAAUGAUGAUUCCAUGUAAUAAGUGCUUGUCAGAGAUAUGAAUUAAUGUGUCAUGGGAAAUACAAGAUGUUCCUGGAGAGUAGAAUAAGGCUUAACCUAAGGGCAGGGCAAUACAAUACCUAAAUCUCAGAGGGAAAUACCAGGUGACAAAAGUGAGAAAGGCCAAUCCAGUGCAGGCAAAGAGAUGAGCACAUGCAAAUGUGUGUGUCUGAGGAAGAGUAAGCGGGGGUGGUGGUGCUGUGUGGUUGUGUGGUGAAAGCAGAGGGCAGGAGUGGAAGGAGAUCAGGCUGAAAAUACAGGUUGGGGAGGGAUUUGCUUUCCCAGCUGAGGGGUGUGGGCUUUGAGGAAUUGACCAAAGGUUUUAAGAAGCUGAGGGACAGUUUGCAAGACUGGCUGAGUAGAGAUGUCAUGGGUAGGGGGGGGAAGCAUUGCUGGAGACUGUGUGAUUGCAUCAAUGUUUUGUCUGCCUGACACUGUGCCGAUUUCCUGGGAAGAGCAGAACUGCUUGCUCUCCCCUAGCCCGUGUGAAUACGUGAACCUAAUGAGAGCUUUAGGUUCCUUAAGAACCCCAUUUCCUUAGCUAUAAUGAUUGUUCUAGGGGCUGGAUGCCACAUGCAAGCUGGUCCAAUCAUACCGUCUUGUUCUGUUCACCCUUUUCCAAGUGUUUGGUCAAUGUGUGGGCAUGUGACCCAGAGACCUUCCUUGAUAAUUCUGCAUUUUGAAUUGGCAGUAAGGGAAAGAAUCUUUCUUUUCUGAUGAUGAAUCUGUGAAGUUGCAAAUGUAGAGAUGCCAGUGGUUAUGUAUCAUAUGUGGAAGAAAUUGGUGUUUAUAGUAGAGCAAAAUGGAAACUAACACAUGGAGAGAAGCAGGUAUGAAAGACAGAAGGGAAGUGAGUUCUGGUGGCCUUUCAGUCUCUAGCUCCAGGCAUCCAUGAGGCUAGUUUAAUUCCUGCCUAUCCUGCAGUUUGGUCAACAUGAGCCAAUCAAUUACCCUUUUUGCCUAAGGUCGUUACUGUUGGAUUUCUGACAUUUGCAACCAAGAGUACUAAUUAAUGAAAACAGGAAAAUACAUCUUGAUCUUGAUACAUUACAGUUUAAAAGGCUCUUCUUCAAGCCCAAUGUCCAUCAACUGAUGAAUGGAUAAAGAAGAUGUGGUAUAUCUAUAUAAUGGAAUACUACUCAGAAAUGAAAAAGAAUGAAAUCCUGCCAUUUGCAACAAUGUGGAUGGAACUGGAGGGUAUUAUGCUAAGUGAAAUAAGUCACUCAGAGAAAGACAGAUACAUGUUUUCACUCAUAUGUGGAAUGUGAGAAACUUAACAGAAAACCAUGAGAGAAGGGAAGGGAAAAGAAAUAGUUAAAAGCAGAGAGGGAGGCAAACCAUAAGAGACUCUUAACUGCAGAGAACAAACAGGGAUGUUGGGGGGGCAGGGGAGAGGGGAAAAUGAGUGAUGGGCAUUGAAGAGGGCACUUGUUGGGAUGAGCACUGGGGGUUAUAUGUAAGCAAUGAAUCACGGGAAUCUACUCUGAAGCUAAGAGCACAGUGUAUACACCGUAUGUUAGCUAACUUGAUAAUAAAUUAUAUUAAAAAAAUAAAGAAAUAAAAGUAAUAUAGACAUUUAUGGUAUAAAGUUUGAAAGGCAAAAGUUUAAAGAAAGAAACACAUAUCUCCUGCCAUCUUGCUGUUCAAACAUACCUCUUCUGAACAUCUGAAUAGCUGUCUUUUCAAAA